AUGUCCGACAGAGCCAACGCCAACCACCUUCAAGAUGAGCCCGCUGCUGGGCAAGGCCGAGCCAUCAGUGAUGGUGCUUAUGAUUUUGAAGUAGCCAUUAUUUGGUGCUUGCUGUUUGUUUUAAUAGAAGCUUUACUUUCAUUUAACUUCCACGUUAAGAUGAACUUGAAUGGUACUGGUUAUGAGAGUAGAUCAGCUGAAAGACUGGCUGCUCAGCUGGCUGUACAUUGUUUUAAUCUUUUUUUUUUUUUAAAUAUUAUUUUGACAGAUACCGAGCAUCUCUAUACGAAAGUGUUUGAAGAGAUCUGUGGGCGUUAUGGAAAGACAUAUACCUGGGAUGUGAAAUCUUUGGUCAUGGGUAAAAAAGCCUUAGAAGGGGCACAGAUUGUUCGAGAUGUUCUAGAUCUUCCAAUAACCAAAGAAGAGUUGUUACAUGAAAGUAUAAUAAAGCAGGAGAAGAUAUUCCCUACUGCUGAACUGAUGCCAGGGGUUGAUAAGCUGAUUCGACACUUACACAAGCACAACAUACCCAUAGCCGUUGCCACUAGCUCAGCUGAAGUGACGUUUCAGGUGAAAACAACCAGACAUAAGGAUUUCUUCGGUCUUUUUCAUCAUAUUGUGUUGGGAGAUGACCCUGAGGUGAAGUGUGGCAAGCCGCAGCCUGAUGCAUUUCUAGUUUGUGCAAAGAGAUUUCACCCUCCUGCACCUCCAGAAAAG